AAGUCAAAGAAGCAGUCGCGGGGAGGCGUAGGAAGCAAGAAGUGACCUUCAGUUGAAGCAAAAUGUCAGACGGAGCAUUGCAGAUAUUGGACGGAACUCACCUCAGAACCGUCGAUCUGUCCCUCUCCGACGCCGAUGCUCCGUUCACCGGAGUUCACAUACUUGACAUUGCCCAUUCCCGAGCCUCUUCUUCCCUCUUCGGUCUCUCACUACCCCAUUCCCUCAAAGCCUCUGCCCUCACGCGCCUCCGCACCCCUGACCCCCACGCUUUCCGUUCCGCCGAUUAUUCUAUCGAUAAGGCCUCCCAGAUUCUCUCAGACUACAUCACCGCCAUCGCCGAUGAACUCAAAGAUAAUCCUCUUAUUGUGUCAGUCUUGGAUGGAAGUACUCUCCGCUUGUUAUUAGAGGACGAGGAUGACUUUGCCAUGUUAGCAGAAAAUCUAUUCACCGACCUAGAUGUCGAAGAUAAGGGGAAAAUCAGCAAGAGUCAAAUUCAGAAUGCUCUUGUCCAGAUGGGAGUUGAGAUGGGUGUUCCUCCUUUCUCAGAAUUUCCUCGACUAAAUGACUUGUUGAGAACACAUGGAGCUCAUGGACAAGAAGAAUUAGGUCAGGCACAAUUUGCACAGCUUCUGCAGUCUGUACUGCAAGAUCUAGAAGAGGAACUUUCCAAAAAGAAUGUUGUUUUCAUCCAGAAUAUUCAAAUAAUUAAUGGCUCUAAGCUAAGACAGAUAUUAGCCAAUGAACAGGAAUUAAACAACAUUGUGGAGAAGGCAUUGCAGGAAAAACCCGAGGCAAAAGAUGGCUUAGGGAGCACAGAAAUAAUAAGGAGCUUCUUGGAGAGAAACGCAAAGGAAUUGGGUUUACCGGUAGCCCAAGCUGACGAGGCAGCUGUUCUUCUUUAUGACGCUAUUUUUGGUGACAUAGCAAAAGAAAAAGAUGGUGUCGAAUUACAUAAAGAAGAUCUAGCAAAACUCGUGAAGGAUAUCCUCGCGAAAUUCGCAGAGCAGCUUGAGGUUAAUCCUGUGUAUCAGGACUUUGCUUGAGGGAGAAGAAUUUAAGGGGACACAUUUCAUAUUUUAUAUUUGAAACUUUAUAUAUUACAUAACAUUUGGGAGUCGCACCCAACCCCCACACCGUUCGGCAAUAUAUACCGUGUAUAAUGAAUUUUACUUAUGUGAAGGUACCUUAAAUAGCGUGCUCAUGAAAUUAUGAAUUGCUACUUGAUUAUUC